AUGACUGACGAUACUCAGAUGAUAGCCGUGCAGACGCAAAAUUGCGGAGUACUGCACGUCUAUGUGCAAGGAAAUCUAGACGAACGUAAUGGGAAAACCAUUAUUCUUACUUGCCAUGAUGUCGGAACAAACUACAAGACGUUCGUACGAUUCGUGAAUCAUCCUUCAAUGGUUGAUGUGAAGAACAAGUCCAUCUUUCUCCACGUAUGUGUGCCUGGACAAGAAGACAAUGCUGCCGAUUAUAUUGGAGAAUUCCCAACGCUUGACCAAAUCGCCCAAGAUUUGACCUACGUGCUCGAUAAACUCGAUGUUAAGUCAUGCAUUGUAUUCGGUGAAGGAGCCGGUGCGAACAUUUUAUGUCGGUUUGCGAUGUCGAAUCCAAAUAGAAUUCUUGGAACGAUUCUAGUGCACUGCACGUCAACGACCGCAGGAAUUGUAGAAUAUUGCAAGGACAAAGUUAUAAAUAUGCGUCUGGAAAACGACAUUAUGACUGAUGGUGCAUGGGAGUACCUGGUUACACAUAAAUUCGGAACCGUAAACAAGAAGGAUAGACAAAUGUAUGUGGAUGAGCUGAAACGUACAUUGAAUCCGCGUAAUCUCAGCAAGUAUCUGCUAUCAUUCACCAAAAGGACAGACUUAUCUGGUUCUAUUGGAACAAAACUCGACAAUGUGGAUACUCUGUUAGUCUCUGGUUCAAAAGCAUCACACCUGCACACGGUGUACACGACCCAGAAAAGCAUGAAUCGACGUAAAACUACACUGCUUGUUGUCGACAACGUUGCUGACGUGCUUCAGGAAGCUCCGGACAACAUGGCUCGUUCAUUCAUUUUGUUGUGCAAAGGAUGUGGUGUUUUAUCGGGCGUCGCGAUUCCUGGAAUGGAACGACAACGGACCCUCAGCAGCUCAAUGGAAGAAGCCGAUCGUCCUCGUCGUCUUUCUGUCACUCAACCGAACCUGCCACCAGUACCUUCAGUCUGA